AUGGCAAUUGAAGAGUCAACAAUUACUAUAAUCCUACUAUUUGUAGGAUCAUUCCUUAUGAUAAUUACACUUGAGCCAAUUUACAGGGACUAGUUAUAUGAAGCAAGUGUGGAUCUCAUUAUUGAGAUCCAGUCAAAGACUAACCAAAUCUUAAUUUAUUUCAUGGAAACUGUUUCAAAUCUGGCAAUUGUUACAAUGUUUGCCUCUAUGAUUGUUACCUAUAUAUUCAGCAAAAGGUCAAGAGCAUUUUAUUACACGGCAGCUGUUUGCUUUAAUCUCUACAUGAUGAGUAUAGGGAAAAUGGCUUAUCACAAUCCGAGACCUUACAUGGUUUCUGAUGCUAUCUAGGUAUUCGGCUGUUCUAAGGAAUUCGGUCAUCCUAGUGGGCACACCUUCAGUUCAAGUGCUAUUCUUCUUAUCAUUAUGUGGGACAUUUGCAGUUCUCAAUCAAAUAAGAGAAUAAAGAGCAUUAUCAAAGUAAUUACAGUCAUUAAUAUUCUCUUGAUUGGAUUUUCAAGACUUCAUAAUGGUGAUCACACUUUAGAUUAGAUCUUCUUGGGCUGGGAAUUUGGAGUCUGGCAAGCUUGUCUAUUCAACUAUGCUCUUAAAGAGCCUUUAAUGAACCAUAUUAAUAGAAUCAUUACGACUAAGGUUUCCACAUCAGAAUUUACUAGAUACUGCCUCAUUUCAACACUAAUGUUUUUUGGAGCAUUAGUGUCGAUAGUUUAGACUUAUGAAUAUGUAGAAAUGACUUUCAAGGUGCCAGAUGACUGGAGACAGAGACUUGAUUAAAAGUGCCAUGUUCCAGCAGAUGAUGUAAUGACUUUUAAUUCAGCAAGUUUUGUAUAAGCUGGGACUUUCACAAUUGCUUAUACUGGUUACAUUGGAUCUCUUUUCUUAGGAUAGUAUAACAUUCCAGUCAUAACACAUACUCUAAGAAAAAUCAUUCUACUAGUGAUACUAGCUCUGCCAGGCCUUGGCAGUUCUGAAUAUGGAUUAAAGCAAACUGAACCAUACAUUGCCUUGAUUUUCGUCACACUUCUUCCCUGUCUAUACUUUGGAGUUGUUAUGUAUUUCUUGAUCGAUUACAUUUCAGGAGAUUACUUUACAUAUUAAGUCAACCACCAACCUUAAAAUUUAGAAAAAUCACUUAUCAUUUAAAAUCACAUGAUUUCCUUGCAAUCAUAAUAAAAUAUCCAAGUUUACUACGGAAAUAUGAUGGUUUGA